AAAUUUGUGAGAAAGAAAGAAAAGUUGUGAGAAAUUGAGGAAAAAUGUCUAUUAGAACAAACCGAAUGAAAGCAGUGCCAUCACUGCAGAGACGGUUGACAUCGGUUAAGAGCAGAGAAGAGCCUAAUAUUUCUGAUAAGCUUGACAGGUUAAUGUCUGAUCUAACAGCCAUAAAAGAUUUGUUUUCAACAGUGAAAAGUAACGAAGAGGAACUCCUUGACACGUUAAAACUUGUCGAUGAUCUUCUUCGCAACUUCAAAACAGAAAAGAAGUUCCACGAGAUUUCCCGUCGAAUUUUGGAAACAGAGAAAGCCGAUCCACAAAAGGGGAGUGAUGAGCCAUCUUCAAGUCAAAAGGCAGAAGAAAAGAGUGGGAUAAAAGAUGAAACGAUUGAUGAAAAGUUGGAGAAUUUGGAAGGCACGUUUAAGAACUUGAAGGCCAAUUUUUCCACGCUGAAGAAAAACGAAGAACUACGAAGAAAGUUAAGGGAACUGGAAAAUUUCCUUCAGAACUUCAACUCUAAGCUCGCAGAAGACGCAAAUGAAGAUGAAACAAAAGGAUUAGAACAACCAAGCCAAACAUCAAUGGAGGAGAUGAAUCAAGACUCCAUUGGAGCAGGAACUGAUAAGCCAUCUUCUAGCCAAUUGACAAAAGACAAGAAGAGCAUAGUAGAAGUUAAAAGCUCAUCUGGGAUUGCCAAGCCUUCACAAGAUUCUGAUCAAAGUGAAACAAAAAGUUCAGAGCUACCAAGACAAAAUUCAAGGGAGGAAUCACUAGAUCAAGACUUGAAAGCCACUGGUAUUGAAAAGCCAGCUUCAAGUCAAGAGACACGAGACGAGAAGAGUAUUGCAGAAAAAGAUAGAACGAUUGAAGAAAAGUUUGAAAGUUUUAUGUCCAAGCUAGACAAAAUAAAGGGGAUGUCUUCCAAAGAAAAUGAAGAACUUAGGAAAAAAUUAGAAGUGAUGGAAGAUCUUCUUCGAAAAUUCAAUUCUAAUCAAAGUGAAACAAAAAAUUUAGAGCUACCUACUCAAAUAAAAAGGGAUGAGUCGGUGGACAAAGGCUUCAAAGCCUCCGGUGUGGAUAAACCAGCUUCAAACCAAGAGCCAAAAGACGAAAAUUUUCAGGAAAAAUAUGUACCCGUUGAUGAAAAGUUGGAGAGUUUGAAGUUGGAACUAGACAACAUGAAGGCCAAGUUUUCCCCAGCCAAGGAAAAUGAAGAAAUGACUAAAACGUUAAGAACCCUAGAAGAUCUUCUUCAAAGCAUUGAUAUUCCUGCAGAAGAUGCAAACCCAACUGAAACAAAGGGUUCAGAACUAACAAGCCAAAUAUCAAGGGGAGAGUUGGAGAAUCAAGUCCUUAAAGGUGUUGAUAAGCCAUCUUCAAGCCAAGAAGUACAAGACAAGGAGAGUGUGGAAAAAGACGUAUCAGAUGAUGAAAAGGUGGAGAGUUUGAAGUCUGAGAGAGACAACGAGAAGGCAGAUUUAGUAACAUUGAACAAAAAUAAGGAAAAUCUUAUAAAACACACCAACAAAAAAGUCUCAGAUGAGAAUGUCAAGCGUAAAGAUUCCAAGGAGGAGGUGGUAGAAAAAGUAGUGGAUGCCAUUAAUGAAAAGAUCAAGAAAUCAACUAAAAAGCUUGGUGUUAGUGAAAUUGAAACAAAAGCUAAUGAAUCAUCAGAAAAAGGAAAAACACCCAAAACAGUGCAUUACUCCAUACUGCCUUUAAGCCGAGACGAUGAGACUUUGAAGCUAGUCUUGAAAAGGUUCCAAGCCAGUUAUGAUGCCCUUAAUUCUCAUUCAAAAGUUUGCUGUUUGUCUCUCUCGAUUUUCCCAGAAAAUGUUGUUAUAAUGAAAAGACAUAUAAUUUACUGGUGGAUUGGAGAGGGGUUUGUAAAAAGGUCAACAGAGAAAACAGCUGAAGAAGAAGGUGAGAAUGUUUUCGACGAGCUUCUGAAUUCUAAUCUGAUUGUACCACAUGGUUUAGCCAAGUGUCCUGUUGUCAAUAAAUUCAAAAUUAAUCCUUGGAUCCGCCACAUGUUGGUAUCAUCUGUUCUGGGAGAAAAUAAACAACCCUUUGGAUUUUAUUCACAAAUAACAACCUCUUCCUAUGGUUGCCUAGUACUUGACCAACAAAAAGUUGAAAUACGUGGUGACUUUGCUUCGAAAUCUGAUCAAUGGAGAAGUGUUUUCAAUCUUGGUGCAAAAUAUCUUACUAUUGAACCUCAAUGGAUGGCUAAAAUGAAGAAGUUGGUGGUGCUUCAGCUUGGUCGUUGGCAAGAGUCUCCCGAACAUCACAUUGAAGUUGCUGGUACAGAAUUCAUGACAGACACAAAGGCUCAAAAGCAUCUGAAAUAUCUCAGCCUUCGUGGUAUAUCAAGAAUAUCAGCUUUGCCACCCUCUAUUGCUCAACUUGUUAGCCUAGAAAUUCUUGACCUCAAGGCUUGUCACAAUCUCGAAACCUUACCUAAUGAAAUUACUUCAUUGAAAAAGCUCACACACUUGGAUGUGUCACAGUGCUACUUGUUGGAGAGUAUGCCAAAGGGGAUUGGGAAGCUCACUGAGCUCCAAGUACUCAAGGGAUUUGUAGUAGGCAGUUCCAACAAGACUCCUACAAUAUCGGAUCUUGCAAACUUUAAAAAGUUGAAACGAUUGAGCAUACACAUUGGAAGUGAGGCUGUGAUCCAAGAUAAAGAGUUUGAAAACCUGAGAAAAUCACAAGUUAAAUGUCUCAAAAUAUCAUGGGGCGUGUCAUCCAACACCAAGUACAAAGAUAUUGAUAUCGUUCUCCCACAAGGUUUGGAAAAGUUAAACCUUGAAGGCUUUCCUGGUGAGAACACUCCAGCAUGGUUGAAACUCCUACCUUCUGAAUUGAAGAGACUAUACAUAAUAGGAGGAAAACUCAGGAGCAUAGAAGAGCUAAAAGACAGUACAAUAAAUUGUAAGGUGGAGAUCUUGCGUCUGAAAUACCUUAAGAAUCUUCAAAUUGAUAUUGACCAUAUCAAAAAGUUGUUUCCUUCACUGAAGUAUGCCGAGGUGAAAAAAUUCAAAGAGGAUAGCUAUGAAUGGAGCAAUUCUGAUGGUAAAAGUACACCCAUUUCAUAAAUGUUCAAUGUAUUUUAUUUGAAGAGAAAUUUAGUUCACCCGAAUAUUUAUUUGUACAUAUAUAUGAUUCCAACCAUGCAUAUUUGUUCAGUGUGUUCCAAGUCAGAAGUGAUGAAAAAGUUCAGAAAAAGAUAUAUGUGAGUUCUGUGGUAGGUUGGUGAUUAUUGUAACUGAACUUAUGUUGUGUCUCUGAUGCAUUGAUCAAUUAUAUGUCAGUUCUAGCGGCAUCUCAUUGUCUCGACAUGUCAUAAUUAAAACCAAAUUAUAACCCACACUUACGAAAAAAUUUCUUUUUUCUGAUCUGCAUGUCCUGCAUUUUACUAUCUGAAUCUUCACCAUCUUCUUUUUCUUUGAAAAGAAUUCGACCACAGCGAUUGCUCCAAAACUGUUAGUAUUUUAAGGUUGUGAAAGGAGUAGUUGAUGGGAUAGAGAAAAUGUAGAGAUAGUUGAAUGUAGAAGUAGUAGUUGGAAGAAGUGUUGUAGUUGUCUUUAGUUGUAGUAGAUGUUGGUUCAUACAAAUGAUAGAUGUUGGCUACAUACAUCAAAUGGUAGAGUUCAUGGGUAUUUAUAGACCCAUAGAUUAUUCUAGAACAUACUAGCCACAACUUAUGUGGAAUGUUCUAGAUUUUUACCUAUGUAGAAUAUUCUUGAUUUUUCUUCCUAUCUUAGGUUUUUCUAUAAUAUUCUAGAACUUGUAUUACAUGUCAAUUCUUCUAUCUAAGGAGCUUCUACAUUCUUCUAGAAUUUGCAUUACACUUUAAUACUCCUCCUUAAUGCAAAUUCGGUAACUCCAAGCAUUGUGCGCAGUAGUUCAAAUCUUGGUCUUGGUAAUGCCUUCGUAAAUAUAUCUGCAAUUUGGUCUUCUGUUGGACAGUACUCGAGUCGUAUUUGUUUAGUUGUCUCUUCAUCUCGAAUGAAGUGAUAUUUAAUGGCUAUGUGUUUUGUUCUUUGAUGAUGGACUGGAUUUUUUGCUAUUGCUAUUGCCGAUUUGUUGUCGCAAUAGAUAAUAGUUGGUCCAGCUUGUGGUUCACCCAUUUCUUCAAGUAUUCUUCGUAGCCAUAUUGCUUGACUUGUGGUUUCAGCAGCUGCUACAUACUCUGCUUCUGCUGUUGAUUGUGCCACGGUUGCUUGCUUCUUUGAUGCCCAAGAUAAAAUACCCGAUCCUAGUGAGAAAGCAUAU